ACUUUAUUACUUCUCACUAUACGCGUUUCGGCAAUAAAAUAUGCUGAGCAUUCUGGAAGAAACUGAAGGAAGGAUCUAAAGGGUUGGGAAUUGGAGUGUCCGCACAUGGGGAUUUGGGGAAAAGCAAAUUUGAGUGCGAAAUUCAACUAUUUUUUGACGGGAUAGUUGUAAUUUCUUCGUCAAAGGUUUGAUACAAAGGCAAGGCUCUCGAUUUUCAGAGAAAAAAAAAGUUUUUUCGUCUUUCGGUAGACAUUCACGUACACCAUCGUAGAAACCCUUUCGGCGUGCUCCCCCGCAUUCCUGUCUUUUGCUCGAUCAAAGCGUUGCGUCAUCCACACGGACUUCCUUCACCGGCUUUUAUCAUUUCCCUCUCUUGUGUGUUUGUGUGUGUGUGUGUGAGAGAGAGAGAGAGAGAGAGAGAGAGAUCUGAAGGAGAAGAAGCGAGAGAGUGAGAUUCCUUGAUUGACCAGUUGAAGCUUCUUAGAUCGGCGAUCAAUUCCGAAGGUUUAAUUUUCUACCAGUUUCUGGUAUUUUCUAGAUCUGAUGUGAUCUGACGUGCUCGAUGAUUAUCUAUCACAAUUGAACCUUCAAUUUCAAAAUUACUGAGGGUAGGAAGGAAAUGGCGGAGGACAAAGGGAUUGGGGAAGGAGAAAAGGAGCCUACUGCCGGUGGUGCUACUACUACUACUACUACUACUGAUGGGAAUGAGAAGAAGAAGCAGCGGGGAUUUCUUUCUCGCGUUUGGAAGGGAAUCUUUAGACUACAUGGUGAUGAUUUCGAGAAGAGACUGCAAUACAUUUCUAAGGAAGAAGCCGCUGUUCUCGCCAGAAUGAAGCGGAGAUCGCAGUCUUGGAGGCGGAUGACCCGCAAUCUUAUUAUAUUCUCUGUCAUUUUUGAGGUUAUUGCCGUUGGUUAUGCUAUAAUGACAACAAGAUCAGUGGACUUGAACUGGAAGAUGAGAGCGUUACGGGUUUUACCAAUGUUUCUCUUGCCUGGUUUAUCUUCUGCUAUUUAUUCAACAUUCGUAAGCUUCACAAGGAUGUGUGAUAGGAAGGACCAGAAAACUCUGGAAAGGCUUCGGGCUGAAAGGCAGGCAAAAAUUGAUGAGCUUAAAGAGAGAACAAAUUAUUACAGUACUCAGCAGCUCAUUCAGAGAUAUGACUCUGAUCCAGCAGCCAAGGCAGCUGCUGCAACUGUCCUUGCAUCUAAGUUGGGUGCAGAUUCAGGCCUGAAAUUGUAUGUGGGAGAUGAGUCUAAGCUUAAUGCUCCAACAGGGAAAAGCAAUGAUGUUGAACUUGCGCAAUCUGGUGGGCUUCGAAAUCGGAAACAAGUGCAAACCAGAUCCGGCAGUGCAGGUAGCACUCCAAAGCAUCAUUCUGACGAGGAAACACCUCGUUCCGAGGGAACCGAGGGCCCACAGACUUCCGAGCAUAAUCAGCUGGUAGUUAGUCAUCAUUCUACCCAGGGAUCAGUCACAAAUGAUGGAGGAUGGAUUGCUCGCAUCGCAGCAUUGCUUGUGGGUGAGGAUCCAACGCAAUCUUAUGCACUGAUUUGUGGCAACUGCCAUAUGCACAAUGGGCUUGCCAGGAAGGAGGAUUUUUCAUACAUUACCUACUACUGCCCACAUUGCAAUGCCCUAAAUAGGCCGAAACUAUCGGUGGAGGAACAGGAGCGCAUUUCUGGUUCCAAUACCCCUAAUCUGGGCUCCUUGAGAACAGGGGGCAGUGAUGAUGCAAUCAACAAUGCCAGUGCUUCUGGGAGCGACAGUGGUCUGACAACAAACAGCCAUGUCAGAGCUGUUUCAGAGAUUGAGGAAGUAACUGAAAGGGUAACCUCCGAGCAGUUAGCUAGUUAAAUUUUGAAAGGAGGCAGAUCUGGGUGGAACUAUGUAAUUAGGGGUCACACAUUUUCUCUUCACAUGGGCUUUUUCUUACCUUGUUUCGGGCCACAAUGAGUGCUGGACUUCAAUGGGUUUUCUUCCUGUUUGGUCUUUGUAACAAAAGAAAAGUUCUGAGAUUUCAUACCGAGAAGCUUUUUGUUCUUUACAUAAUUACUUGUUUUGGUUGAAUCA